UCAACACAGCUUUAUUCCACUUUCCGGAUCAACCUUAGUUGUUAUUAUUAUUAUUAUUAUUAUUAUUAUUAUUAUUAUUAUUAUUAUUAUUAUUAUUGUGCUUGACACGUAGUGACCAGUGUACUAUGCAUCUUCUUAGUUCAAGGACAUCUGUACUUUUGUGUUUCCUUAGAUGUCUCGCUUCCUGGAUCUGAAGGAAUUUGGAGAUGCUGCACGUUAUCUUCGUCUCACCAACCUGGAACAACUUGCUGCCAAGGCCCAGGCCUUUGAUGGCACUAAGCGUGUUUGGAUGUCUGAUGACGUUGAAGCGUACGUGGAGGUGGAGGUCAGAGAACUGAAUGGAGAUAAAACCACCGUGGAGACCAAAGAUGGACGAUUUGUGAUCCUCAAAGAAGACGACCUGCAGCCGAUGAACCCGCCCAAGUUUGACAUGAUGGAGGACAUGGCCAUGUUGACGCACCUCAACGAGGCCUCGGUCCUCUUCAACCUGAAGAGACGAUACAGCAUGUGGAUGAUCUAUACCUACUCAGGUUUGUUCUGCGUGACGGUGAAUCCUUACAAAUGGCUGCCGGUCUACUCCGCCGAGGUGGUGGCGGCAUACAAGGGAAGGCGUAGAGCAGACACGCCUCCGCAUAUCUACGCCAUUGCUGAUAACGCCUACAGCGAUAUGCUGCAAAACCGUGAGAACCAGUCCAUGCUCAUCACAGGCGAGUCUGGUGCAGGAAAAACCGUCAACACAAAAAGAGUGAUCCAAUAUUUCGCCAUCAUCGCUGCUCUGGGAGAAACGGUGAAAAAAGGAGGAUCACUGGAGGAUCAAAUCAUUGAAGCGAAUCCCGCCAUGGAAGCUUUCGGAAACGCCAAAACCAUCCGCAAUGACAACUCCUCUCGAUUUGGGAAGUUCAUCAGAAUUCACUUUGGUCCGACGGGGAAGUUGGCGUCCGCUGACAUCGACAUUUACCUUCUAGAAAAGUCCAGAGUUGUGUUCCAGCAACCUGGAGAGAGAAGUUACCACAUCUACUACCAGAUCCUGUCCAAUCACAAACCAGAACUACAAGACAUGCUGCUGGUGACCAAGAACCCGUACGACUACCACUUCUGCUCACAGGGCGUCACCACAGUAGCUAGCAUCAAAGACAGCGAUGAGCUGGAACUUACCGAUCAUGCCAUGGACACGCUGGGAUUCACGUCCGAGGAAAAGUACGGCUGCUACAAGAUCGUUGGCGCCAUCAUGCACUUUGGCAACAUGAAGUUCAAGAAGAAACAAAGAGAGGAACAAGCAGACGCAGAUGGAACUGAAAGCGUGGACAAGGCGGCUUACCUGAUGGGCAUCAGUUCUGCCGACCUCCUCAAAGGUCUCCUGAACCCUCGAGUCAAAGUAGGAAAUGAGUCCAUCGUGAAAGGACAGACAGUCGAGCAGGUGUACUUCGCGGUGGCGGCUCUCGCCAAAGCCACGUACGACCGCAUGUUCAAGUGGCUCGUCAGUCGCAUCAACUCGUCCUUGCACACGGCGCUGCCUCGACAGUACUUCAUCGGUGUCUUGGACAUCGCCGGUUUUGAGAUCUUUGAGUUUAACAGCUUCGAGCAGCUGUGCAUCAACUUCACCAACGAGAAGCUUCAACAGUACUUCAACCACCACAUGUUCAUCCUGGAGCAGGAGGAGUACAAGACCGAAGGCAUAGAGUGGACCUUCAUAGACUUUGGUCUGGACUUACAGGCCUGCAUCGACCUCAUAGAGAAGCCUAUGGGAAUUUUGUCCAUCAUGGAGGAGGAGUGUAUGUUCCCCAAGGCUACGGACCAAAGCUUCAAAACCAAACUGUAUGACAACCAUCUGGGGAAGUCUCCCAACUUCCAGCGUCCACGACUGGAUAAGAAGCGGAAGUAUGAGACGCACUUUGAGGUGGUCCACUAUGCUGGAGUGGUUCCGUACAACAUCACAGGCUGGCUGGACAAGAACAGAGAUCCUCUGAAUGAGACCGUGGUGGCUUUGUUCCAGAAGUCCUCCAACAAACUGAUGGCUGGACUUUUUGAGAACUACAUCGGCUCAGAGACGGCUGCGGAUCCCAAGCGUGAGACCAAACAAAGGAAGCGGAAAGCAGCUUCCUUCCAGACGGUCUCUCAGCUUCACAAGGAGAAUCUAAACAAGCUGAUGGCGAACCUCCGCAGCACUCAGCCACACUUUGUCCGCUGCAUCAUUCCCAAUGAGAGCAAGAGUCCUGGCAUAAUGGAUCCCUUCCUAGUCCUGCACCAGCUCAGGUGUAACGGAGUCCUGGAGGGUAUCAGGAUUUGCCGAAAGGGCUUUCCGAACCGGAUUAUAUACGCCGAGUUCAAACAGCGCUAUCGCAUCCUGAACCCUUCCGCCAUUCCCGAAGCUUCCUAUGUGGACAGCAGGAAGGCUGUGGAGAAACUCCUGGGUUCUCUGGACAUUGACCACAGCCAGUACAAGUUUGGACAAACUAAAGUGUUUUUCAAGGCAGGUCUGCUGGGACAAUUGGAGGACAUGAGGGACACCCGUCUGUCUCAGAUCCUGACCACCGUGCAGGCCAUGAGCAGAGGAAAGCUGAUGAGGAUGGAGAGAGACAAGAUGAUGCUGCAAAGGGAUGCGGUGAUGGUGAUCCAGUUCAACCUGCGCUCCUUCUUCACCGUGCGCACGUGGCCGUGGAUGAUGUUGUUCUAUAAGCUCCGCCCCUUGCUCAGGAGCGCCCAAGUGGAAAAGGAGCUCGCCUCUCUCAAUGAAGACUUCUCCAAGUUGAAAGAAGCCUACGACAGGUCUGAGGUGAAGCGAUGUGAGGCAGAAGAACGUCAAGUGGUGAUGGUGCAGGAGAAGAACGACUUGGUUCUGCAGCUCCAAGCUGAGCAGGACAACCUGGCCGAUGCCGAGGACCGCUGCAACCAGCUGAUUAAAUCUAAAAUCUGCCUGGAGUCCAAGCUGAAGGAGAUGAACGAGCGUCUGGAGGACGAGGAGGAGGUGAGCUCCACGCUGAUGUCGAAGAAACGUCAGCUGGAGGACGAGGUGGUGACGCUGAGGAAGGAUGUGGAUGACCUGGAGAUAACCCUGACCAAGGUGGAGAAGGACAGACACAGUGUGGAGAACAAGGUGAAGAAUCUUUCCCAUGAGAUGUGCGUCCUGGAUGAGUCCAUCGCAUCUCUGAGCAGGGAGAAAUCGGCCCUUCAGGAAGCUCAUCAGCAGGCUCUGAAUGACCGCCAGUGUCAGGAGGACAAGGUCAACAUGCUGACCAAAGCCAAGACUCGACUGGAGCAGCAUGUGGACAGUGUUGAAGGCUCCUUGGAGCAGGAGAAGAGGGCCCGGACCGAGCUGGAAAGAACCAAACGAAAGCUGGAGGGGGAUCUGAAGCUGUCCCUGGACUCUGUGAGAGACCUGGAGGACCAGAAGAAGGAGCUGGAGGAGAGAAUGAACAAAAAAGAUUUUGAGCUGGGUCAGCUUCAGUCCAAAAUGGAGGACGAGCAGAACCUGGUGGCUCAUCUGCAGAAGACAAUCAAAGAGCUUCAGACUCGCAUCGAGGAGCUGGAGGAGGCGUUGGACGCGGAGCGGGCGUGGCGCUCCAAAGCAGAGCGUCAGAGAAACGACAUCGCUCGGGAGCUGGAGGAGCUUGGUGAAAAGCUGGAGGAGGCGGGAGGAGCAUCUGCUGCUCAGAUCGCACUCAACAGGAAACGGGAAGCAGACUUCCAGAAGUUGAAGCGGGAGUUGGAGGAGGCCGGCCUUCACCACGACGCAACGGCCGCCACGCUGAGGAAGAAGCACGCUGACGCCGUGACGGAGCUCAGCGAGCAAAUCGACGCGCUACAGCGAGCCAAACAGAAGCUGGAGAAGGAGAAGGCGGAGCUUAGAUUGGAGGCCGACGACCUGGCUGCCAACCUGGAGCAGCUCGGCAGGAACAAGGUUGCUGUGGAGAAGACGUGCCGAGUCUACGAGGACCAGCUCAACGAGAGUCGCAGCAGGACGGACGAUCUGCAGAGACAACUCACUGAAAUGUCCGCUCAGAAGGCGCGCGCCGUCGUUGAGGCGGCCGAGUACAGUCGCCGUAUGGAGGAGCGGGAAGUCCUCAACAAUCAGCUGCAGCGGUCCAAAGCCGGACUCUGUCAGAACAUGGAAGGCCUGAAGAAACAGCUGGAGGAGGAGAGCAAAGCGCGGGUGGCGCUGGCGCAGGCCGUGCAGGCGUCUCGCCACGACUGCAGUCUGUUGAGAGAGCAGCUGGAGGCGGAGCAGGAGUCCAAGGCUGAACUGCAGAGGAUGCUGUCCAAUGCCAACAGUCAGGUGGCUCAGUGGAGGACCAAAUACGAGAUGGAGGCCGUGCUGAGGAUUGAAGAACUAGAAGACGCAAAGAAGAAGCUGGUUGUCAAACUCCAGGCGGCCCAUGAAGCUGCUGAAGCAUCUCAGGCCAAAAGUUCCUCGCUGGAGAAAACUAAACAACGUCUGCAGGUGGAGAUCGAGGACUUGGUGGUGGAGCUGGAACGUUCUAAUGCUUCCGUUUUGGUUCUCGACAAGAAGCAACGCAACCUUGACAAGAUGUUGGGCGAGUGGAAGCUGAAGCUGGAGGACACUCAGUCAGACCUGGAGGCCUCCCAGAAGGAAUCCAGAAAUCUGAGCACAGAACUCUUCAAGCUGAAGAACUUAUACGAAGAAGCUCUGGACCACCUGGAGACGGUCAAACGGGAAAACAAGAACCUUCAGGAUGAGAUUUUGGACCUGACGGAGCAGAUCAGUCACAGCGGUAAGACCAUCUACGAGCUGGAGAGGAUGAAGAAGGUCUUGGACGUUCAAAAGAGCGACAUCAAAGCAGCUUUGGAGGAAGCGGAGGGAACUCUGGAGAACGAGGAGAGCAAGACCCUUCGAGUCCAAAUGGAGCUCGAGCAGACCAGGACGAUGAUUGAGCGAAGGAUCGGCGAAAAAGAUGAAGAGAUUGACAACCUCAGGCGUGGCCACCAGCGCUCCCAGGAGGCCAUGCAGGCCAGCUUGGAGGCGGAGAUUCGCGGUCGCAGCGAGGCGGUCCGUCUGAGGAAGAAGAUGGAAUCGGACCUCAACGAGAUGGAAGUUCAGCUCAGUCAUGCUAACAAGCAGGCGGUCGAGAGCCAGAAGACGAUCACUCAGCUGCAGGAUCACGUCAAAGUUCAGAAGACGGAGUUGGACGAUAGCAUCCAGUUGGUCAACCAGCUGAGGGAGCAGGUGGCUCUACUGGAACGGCGAUGCACGCUGCUGUCGGCAGAGGAGGAGGAGCUACGUUGCGUCCUGGAGCAGACGGACCGCGCCCGCAAGAUGACGGAACACGAGCUGGUGGAGGUGAUGGACCGAGCCAACCAGCUCACCACUCAGAAUGCGGGGCUGGUGAACCACAAGAAGAAGCUGGAGGCCGACGUCUUCCUGCUGUCCAGCGAGGUGGACGACGUGCUACAGGAGCGUCGCAGCGCUGAGGAGAAGGCCAAGAAAGCCAUCACUGAUGCAGCCAUGAUGGCGGAGGAGCUGAAGAAGGAGCAGGACAGCAGUAGCAUGUUGGAGAGAAUCAAGAAGAACAUGGAGAUCACCACUAAAGAACUUCAGGUCAAACUGGAAGAGACCGAGCAGAUGGCGCUGAAAGGCGGGAAAAAACAACUUUACAAGCUGGAAACCAGAGUGCGUGACCUUCACGCCGAGCUGAUGGUGGAGCAGAAGAAGAGUGAAGACUAUCAGAAAGGGGUGCGUCGGUACGAAAGGAAGGUUAAAGAGCUGAGCUACCAGUCGGAGGAGGAUCGCAAAACACUGUUGAGGAUGCAGGAACUUAUCGACAAACUUCAAAGUAAAGUCAAAAGUUACAAGAGACAAGCGGAGAACGCCGAGGAGCAGGUGAGCUGCAGCACCGUGCGCUUUAGGAAGAUUCAACACGAGUUGGAUGACGCCGAGGAGAGAGCCGACAUUGCAGAGACGACGGUCAACAAGCUGCGGAUUCGAACCCGCCAACAGAUCAGCAAGGUCGCAGUGAUUUCAGAAUGAGACUCCGCCCCUUCCUCCUCAGACACCACCAGAGUUUGUGGUCAUGUGACUGUCAAUUUGCUGUGUUUGUUAGCUUAGAUUUCUACUUUUAUUGAUUUAGUCUGAAGCUCAACUAAAAAGCUUAAUUUCAUUGUUGUGAAACAUUUUAGGAUUUUAAUCAAUUUUUUGCUUGUGAAUGAGGCAGAGCUUAAAUGGUAUGCUGACUUUGUUAGCCUUUACUUAAAUCGUUCCUCAUUCUGCAUUUUAUCAAGUGGAUUAGAUUAGAACGCCCCCUAGUGUUUUUUACGCUUAUAACACGUAUACAAAACACUUAACAAAAAAACGCCCUCUAGUGGUCACACAGCAACAUAGUAAGAAUUGACGUAAUCAGUGUUUGAGGUGAUCUUUGUAACUGCAGUGCGAAUGAAUCAAAGUAAAACAGCUCUUG